AUUUGUUACGAGGAUAGAUUCUCUGGCGAACUCAUAAUAAAUAUCUGGCGAAAUAACGGAAUUAAACAAAAAAGAGCUUUUAUACUGACGUCAGCAAUGCAAAUUAUGGCUCAUUUCAUUUGUGAUUCUAAAGAUAGACUGUUUCGGCUCCCUCAUUUGAAUAGUUUUUUGCUGAUUAAAUUUUUGAGAGAUCUCUGAAAUAUGGAACCUCUCGCUGUAAUUUUUUUGCUGUGUUCUCUCUUUGGAUCAUUUAUCGCUGUUGAGAAUCAAAGUGAUCCUUCAAAUCCUCCCUUCCAAGAUGAUGCUGCCUGCGAAACUGCUUCUAAGAUGGAACCCGCUGCUGUGGAUUGCACAGCUGCAGAUUGCAUAAACGGUUUCUGUGUUCUACGGCACGACGGCUCUGCAACCUGUGAAUGCUACGAUUCCUGGACCGGGCCCUAUUGCACUUUCUGGUGUCCGUGCUUGGACUUCGACUGUAACAACGGGACUUGUGUCUGGGACAACACUGACCAAGAAACCAGAUGCGAAUGCGACUUGGGUUUCUCUGGAAAGUACUGUGACAAGUCAUCGGGAUGCAAUUUUGACACCUGCAAUCACGGAGUCUGUAAACUUAAUGGCGAAGAAAUGACUAGCUGCAGUUGUGAGUCAGGAUGGGCUGGGGAGUUUUGUGACACGUCAGCUCUUUGCUCUGUCCUGGAUUGUGAAAAUGGCUACUGUUUGUGGGAUGAAGAUGAUGUAGCUUUCACAAAAUGCCAAUGUGAUCGCGGGUAUUAUGGAAUACGAUGCGAACUAAAUAAUAUGACAGAGGUUAUUUUCCAAAGACGUGCUAAAUAUGACGUAGAUUUCACUGAUCAGUUAUUCGUGGCAUAUGAGAAAGGAUUCGGAGACGUAAAUGAUGAAAAAGGUGGCGAUUUCUGGUUGGGCCUGGCGAAGUUGAAUCAACUCACUACCAGCGGAAAUUGGAAUUUGAAGGUCAUGUUCACAGAUUUCGAUGGCAAUGAGUGGUGGUCUCAGUAUUCAAGCUUCAAGAUCCUAGCUGGACCGGCGUAUACAUUGACAUAUACAGGCUGGGUCGACGGAAACUAUGACAGUGAUUACGGAACCGACAAAGGUCUGGACUAUCAGCGGGAUAAUCCAUUCUCCACAGCAGAUAAAGAUCAAAGCGGUAAUUCGUGCGCAGAACAUUAUGGCGGUGGAUGGUGGUUUGAUUAUUGUGAUUGGUUGAACCUCAAUAACGCAGAAGCCUUAUCUCCUACAUUUAGCCAUUUGUACAUGAGCUAUAACAUUCACCUGAAUGGUUCUUGGAAAUCAUUCGGCGUUCGCUCAAGUGAGAUGCGCAUGUUGAAAAUUGACUGAGCGAAAGCUAUUUGCUGACUGAUCAAUCCCAGCCGUGGCAAUUCACUGGAACCUUGUUUUGUGAAAAAAAAACAUGUGAAUCAUUUAGCAGUUUGGUUUCACUUUGCUGCGGAUGGCAAACUUUCAAUUCAAAUCAU